AUGCGUUCCGAACCUUCAAAUCUUUUCGAGACGGCGGCGGGAGUACGGGCGAUUUCAUCUCCACACCACCUCCUCCACGACGGCUACUCGUUGCUUCGCUUCACGUUGGAGAAUAAACUGCAUGGCAUGUAUCGGACGGCUGUGAGAUCGGCCUCCCGGCAAGGUGUGACCGGCCUGUCGAGGAGCUGCACGAAGCCCCUCAACCGACGAUUCGCCUCCACAGGAUCGCCAGGCAGCAAGCGCCGGAGCUGGAAGGGCGCUACGUUACGAUGGGGUCUUGCCGGUGCAGCUGUGUACUACUACAACACAAGUUCCGUGUUCGCAGAUGAGCCGCAAAACAAGACGAUCCCCGCGCCGUCGUCCUUUGCCGACUCCGACCUCCAGACGGUCGAAUCUGUGAUUGAGGAGAAACGGAAGCAAAUCCGGGCGGCGAAAAAUCAGGAAGCUCCCUCGGCCGCCAAAGAACCGACUCGACUGGCGGACGAUCAGCAGAGCGGGACCGAGGCACAAAGCACGAGCGGCCUCGAUGGCGGACCCGCGGCGCUCGAGGAAGAGGCCGGUCAGGAGGGCGCUUUCAACCCCGAGACGGGCGAGAUCAACUGGGACUGCCCGUGCCUCGGUGGCAUGGCUCAUGGGCCUUGCGGUGAGGAGUUCAAGACUGCAUUCAGCUGCUUCGUGCACUCUACCGAGGAGCCGAAGGGAAUGGACUGCAUAGACAAGUUUCAGGGCAUGCAAGAAUGCUUCCGAAAGUACCCCGAUAUCUAUGGUGCUGAACUUGACGAAGAACCAGCAGACGACGCACCCGACGCGCCGGAGCAGGCUUUGGCAGAGGAAAAGGAAAAUUCGGGAGAGUUGGUCCCAUCGCCUGCCGCCGGCGACGCUAAUGUCAAGACGAACGACGUGUCGGGGGUGAGAACCUCUGACGCGUUGACGGCGGCGCCGAAAAACGCUGCUGCCUCGGGUGGUGAAGUGGAGAAGAAGACGGAAAUAAAAGAGGCGGCCAAAGCAGAUCCCAAAGCCGAGGGCUUGAAAAAGAAUGAAGAGAGAAAAGAGCAAGAUAUGUAG